GUGAUUCCUGAGCCGACAGAAGUCUUGGCACAGGAAGCCAAGGGGGAAACCGUGGACCAAGCCAACAUUGAAAUCCAAGUGAAUGAGCAAACCGAGACACCUGCUGUGGACUCGACGGAUGCCCCGGUCGAAUCGAGUCCAGCUGAAGAAGUUGCAAGCACUCAGCCUGCAGCAGAAACAACUGAGAAUGUGACAGAGCACAAGGAAGACGCGAACGUGCAACAGGCAGUGGACGAGGAGCUUGAAGCGAAGGCAAUGUCAAAGUGCUUAUGUGGCAGAUGCACUAUCAUGUAG